AUGUCAUCUAGCUCAACGUCAAGAAAGCGAAUUGUUUUCACGGGCGGCUCCGGAGUAGCAGGCCGCCAUGUCAUAUCUGGGCUUUUGUCUCACGGCCAUGAGAUUCUUAAUGUCGAUGUGACACCAUUGAAUAAUCCAGAUGUGUACACAUUAAAGGCGGACUUGACAGACGGCGCACAGGCGUUCAAUAGUCUGUCUUGUCAUUUCCGCGUUAGCGAACCAUUCAUGGAAUCAGUCCAGACACCGGAUGCAGUUGUGCAUUUUGCUGGCAUACCACAGCCGAUGAGGAUUCCAGACAAUGAGACAUUUCGAAUUAACACAAUGGGCUCAUACAAUGUUAUCGAGGCAGCCUGUAAGCUUGGAAUCAAGAAGAUCAUCCUGGCUUCGAGUAUCACUGCUUAUGGCGUUACCUAUGCAGAAGGCGACGUCGAUUAUGCACAUUUCCCCAUAACUGAGGACACACCUACACAACCCAUGGAUGUCUACGCCACGUCGAAACUCUGUAUGGAACAAACUGCCGCGUCAUUCGCUCGGCGCUUCCCAAGUGUGGACAUCUAUUGCCUGCGCAUCUCGGCCGUCAUUGAGCCCGAGAAUCACGCUCAAAAGUUUAAAGCGUAUCUGACAAGGCCACAGGACUUCAAAGUCCAUGCGUGGAGCUACACGGAUGCGAGAGACUUGGCAGGCAUUGUCCACGCUUGCUUGCAGACCAGUGGACUAGGGUUUCAGGUCUUCAAUGCGGUGAAUGAUGAGACUACGAUACCAGAGUCGGAGGGAAGCAUUGAAGAAUGGUUAAGAAAGACAUGUCCUGGAGUGCAGAUUAUCCAAAAGAUGGGAGAUCGUGAUUCACCUAUUUGCAACAAAAAAAUGAAAGAUAUGCUAGGAUGGAGGGAGGAGUUUGGCUGGCGGAAAGUCAUGAAUAAGGGAUAG